AUGGUUGAAUUUCCCAGAUGCUACUUUAAUCUAACAAGCAGUGAUUCAAGCAAGGUGCAACUACACGUUUUCGUAGACACAAGCGAGACGGCUUAUGCGGCGGUUGCAUACUUCAGAAUAGCCACGGAAAAUAGCACAGAGGUAGUACUUGUCUGCUCCAAGACUAAAGUGGCCCCUCUGCGACCUAUAUCAAUACCCCGAAUGGAACUUUUGGGAACCGUAUUGGGAUCUCGCCUUGGGAAUAGUGUAGCGAAAGCCCAUGAACUUAAAAUCGAAUCGACGCAUUAUUGGUCGGAUUCCAAAACGGUACUACUAUGGCUACUAGGAGAUCCCAAAGCCUACAAGCAAUUUGUCAUGUUUCGUGUGGGCGAGAUUCAGGAGUCAACAGAUGUUUCAAGCUGGAAAUAUGUUCCAUCUAAGCAAAAUAUACCAGACUUGGCCACAAAAUGGAGUCAGCAACCUGAUUUUAAUCCAAGUAGUCCCUGGUUUACCGGACCAACAUUCUUAAAUCAGUCACCAGACCUCUGGCCAUCAAAUCAAUUACCUCCAGCUAAAGAUAGCGAUGCAGAAUUAAGACAAAACAAUGAAAUAAAACAACAACUAGCUGUGCACAUUUUUGAAAAAGAUCCAAUUGUCAACUACCGUCGCUUUUCUAAAUGGGAACGACUUUUCUCCUGUAUGGCCUACGUGAAUAGAUUCAUAAAUCUCGUUUCUGGAAAGAGAUUAACUGGAACAUCAAUCAAACAAACUCGACUCAAUGCUAAUCUCGAUGAAGUGCCUUACCUCACCAAAAGCGAAUUACUGUGGGGACAACUAAUCCUCUACCACCUUGCCCAGUCACAAACCUUUAGCUUAGAAUAUCGCCUUUUAUCAGAUAACCCUCAUUUCAUUUUGCCGAAGUCAAGCUCCCUUCGUUCCAUGUCCCCAUUUAUAGAUGAAGAUAAGACAAUCCGAAUGCGAGGCCGCUUAGAAAAAAUGACUUUAGUAAGUAAUACAAGUAAAAAUCCGAUCAUUAUGCCUAAGGCCCACUACAUUACUGCACUGAUAGUCGACUGGUAUCACCGAAAGUUCAAACAUGCUAAUCAUGAAACCGUCAUCAACGAAAUAUUUCAAACGUACCACAUACCAGGUUUGCGAACACUUUUCAGAACCAUUAGAAGUCAGUGUCAAACGUGCAAGGUGCAAAGAGCCAGGCCAAGCCCUCCAGAGAUGGGAUCCCUACCCACAGCGCGACUCUCUCCAUAUACUCGGCCAUUUUCGUAUGUUGGUGUAGAUUUCUUUGGUCCAUUCUUGGUCACGGUUGGGAGGCGAACAGAAAAAAGAUAUGGUGUUGUGUUCACAUGCCUUACAUGUCGGGCAAUACAUGUUGAGGUGGGCCAUAGCCUAACAAUGAAUUCAUGUGUCAUCGUCAUUCGAAAUUUCAUCGCCCGCAGGGGCUACCCUAUACAAUUUUUCAGCGACAAUGGAACCAAUUUAAAAGCGGCCGAAAAGGAGCUGCGGGAGGCUUAUGAUCAAAUCAAUUUCAGUGGCAUUCAAACAGAGUUCACCACCCCACACACAACAUGGGAGUUUAUACCACCAGGAAGUCCCCACAUGGGAGGUGCUUGGGAACGUAUGGUUCGUUCUAUCAAAACUACAUUGUACCAGAUAAUAUCCCCUGACACAAAAAUGACUGAUGAAAAGCUAAACAACUUGCUUGUCGAAGUUGAAAGUAUAGUGAACAGUCGACCACUUACCUAUUUAUCAUUAGACACAGCGGAACAAGAAGCCCACACUCCAAAUCACUUCUUGCUUGGCUCCACAUCUGGAAAUAAGCCCCCAGGCGUGUUCGAAGAAACAGAUAGAUAUGUCAGAUCAUCUUGGCGGCAUUCCCAGUUACUUGCUGACAAGUUCUGGAAAAGAUGGGUCGCCGAAGUUUUACCUACGUUGACUCGACGAACCAACUGGUUCGACAAAACCAAACCAAUCGAGGAAGGAGACGUCGUGAUUAUUAUCGACCCUAGUCCCCGACUUUGCUGGCCAAAGGGAGUAGUAGUGAAAGCAGUAUUAGCAAAAGAUGGACAAGUAAGGAGUGCCAUCGUACGUACAGCAAGUGGAGAGUACCACCGUCAGGCAGCAAAGAUCGCAGUUUUAGACGUACGCAGAGAAGACAAAGGCGCUGGUGUAGCUGAAUAG